CAAAUCUUAAAGAAAGAUAAGAUAAGAAGAUGACGCAUAAGCUUCAUAACUGGAUUAGGAAUAAAAUUUUAAAGAAUGUAGAAAAUUAUUAUAUUACCACACAUAAUUAUUCUUUUAAACAUAAAGAUAUCGAAAUUAAGCUAUGUUAUCCAUUAAAAACAGAUAUCUUAUCUACCAAAAAUUUAAUAUUUGGUAAAACAUUUAGUGACCAUAUGUUGGAUAUAAAUUGGACAGAAAAAAAUGGUUGGGGGACUCCCAAAAUAUUACCUUAUAAAAAUUUGACAAUUAAUCCUGCAGUAAAAGCCCUUCAUUACGCUAUUCAACUUUUUGAUGGGCUAAAGGCUUAUAGAGGCAUUGAUAAUAAAAUAAGGCUAUUUCGCCCUCAAUUAAAUAUUCAAAGGAUUCUCAAAGGAACUGAAAGAUUGGCUCUACCAGUAAAAAGCUUUGAUCCAUCUGAAUUUUUGGAAUGUAUAAAAACUUUGGUGAAUAUUGAAAAGAAUUGGGUUCCAAGACCUGAUUCCAAUUUACUCAAUUCCCUUUAUAUUCGCCCAACUUAUCUUGGCACUGAGCCGACCUUAGGAGUUGCCUCUUCCACUAGUGCCCAACUUUACGUCAUAACUUCCCCCGUGGGGUCUUAUUACGCCAACGGAUCUGACUCCAUCGCCCUCUACACCGACGCUAGGUAUGUUAGGGCGUGGCCUGGUGGCGUCGGGGAUAUCAAACUCGGAUCCAAUUACGCUCCUACGGUUUACCUUCAAAAGAAAGCCUGUGAAAAUGGUUGCCAGCAAGUCUUAUGGCUAUACGGGCCAGAUCGACAAAUUACCGAGGUUGGGACUAUGAACACAUUUAUGCUUUGGGAAAACUGCGAUGGAAAAUUAGAGUUGAUAACAGCGCCAUUGAAUGGGUUAAUUUUACCCGGAAUAACGAGACUAAGCAUAUUAGAACUGGCAAGAUCAUGGGAAUUCGAGGUGUCAGAAAAGGUUUACACUAUGGGGGAUCUGUUGCUAGGUAUUAAAGAAAACCGGGUGAAAGAAUUUUUCGGCACGGGGACAGCGGUUGUUAUUACUCCAGUUCACCAAAUUAUGUACGAAGGAGUUAGAUAUGAAAUCCCCACGACUAAAGGAACAAAUCCUUUAUAUACUCGUUUAUUUAAGGCCUUGAUGGAUAUCCAUUCCGGAAAGGUUGCUAGUCCAUGGACCUGUGAAAUAUAAAAAAUGCCGGAGCUCCAUCUAGUCAUUCUUGAUACAAUUAAAAUACAGUAUUUUCUUUAUAACAUGUAUUAUAUAAUUGUUUAUAUAUAAAUAUUUAUUCAAUAUUGAAAUUUAUUGCUUGUCAACAAUUAAAUUAUUAUACAAUAUGAUAGAUAUUUAUUAUGAUAAUGAUUUUCUCCAUAUCGCAUU